GGCCUCUUUCCCCAAAAAAAAAAUAGUCCUUUUAAAAAUAGUCUCAUACCAUAACCCCUUACAGGCUAUAAUCUAAACCCUAACACUCGCUCCGAAACCAGAGAGGAAGAAGCUUCAAUCAACAAUGGCUAAUCGACGACGUUUUCAAACCCUAACCCAACAGCUUUACAAAUCAACACUUCAUCGGGAUCCUCCGUCACUCCUUCAGCACCUCAGAACACUGACGCAGAUCCCAAAUUUGCCUAAAAACUCCUUCCACCCUAAAUCCCACUACACUCUUUCGACCCCUAAUUUCUAUUCCUCAUCAACAAAUUUCACGACAUAUCGCCAUUUCUCGUCUGAUAGACACGAUAACAGUGAUAACAACGAUGAAAGUGAAGAAGAUGAUAGUGAUUAUGACGAUGACGAUGACGAUGUUGACGAUGAUGAAAUGACGGAGGAUUCAGCAAAUCAUGCUGUAAAGAGAGAGUAUUCGCCGGAGGAGAAAGAAGCCGAGGCGGCUGCCAUUGGGUAUAAGGUGAUUGGGCAGCUCCAGCGGUCAGACCGGGUUUUUAAGUCGUAUGAACCUGUUUUUGCUGUUAUUCAGAUUGGAUCACAUCAGUUCAAAGUGAGCAAUGGGGGAUUGCAUAUAUACAGAGAAAUUGAAGUUCUGUGAAGUGCAUGAUAAGUUAAUUUUAAAUAAGGUUCUGAUGCUGGGUUCCAAGACUCAAACAAUGAUUGGUCGACCUGUUUUACCUGAGGCCACUGUUCAUGCUGUUGUGGAAGAGCAUGCUUUGGAUGCAAAAGUAAUCAUAUUUAAGAAAAAGAGAAGAAAGAAUUAUCGCCGAACAAAAGGUCAUAGACAGGAAUUGACAAAGCUAAGGAUAACUGAUAUACAAGGAAUCGAAAAGCCAGAAAUACCAACUCCUGAAAAGGCUGCUACAAAGAAAGUAGAAAAGGCGGCGGUUGCUGCAUAGGAUGAAGUUUGUUGAUGUUUUUUUUUUGUCAUUAGAUUGUUUUAAUUAGAAUUCUCUUUUUUAUAUUUUUUCCAAUGAUCCUUAAAAUUCACAAACCAAUGUGGGGACCACACUCACUAAGGAUGAACAAAACAUUCUUAUAAGGGUGUGGAUAAGUCUCUUUCCAAGACACGCUUUAAAUCCGUGAGGGCAACAGAUCCCAUAAUCAGUGUUUACCAGUAUCAGGAUGGGUGACCUGCUUGAAAGUUUGGGUAUCUGGUUGCCUAAAUCGGACAAUAUUUUAGUGUGUGUGUGUGUGUUUGGGAUGUUACAAAACAAAUAUAUAAGCAUCUAAUAACUUGUUUUAUUAGGAGAUAUUGCUAUUUUUGUAUUAAAUAAGCAAAUACACAGAACUUCAUUCUAGAAUUAAUUUUUCUAAAUAGGUUGGUGGAGUCAUCUCAAUUUGUUAUUCAUUGAUUUUGUUCAAAUAAACGCGCAUUUUAUUUUUAAAAAUAAUGAUUUUCACAUUGUUUGAAAAAGAUUAUUAUAUCCAUGUAAAAUGUCAUUUUGCACUAUCCUUUUUUUUCACCUUUUUUCAAAACCCUUAAUGAUUAAAAUCUCACAGGAUUUUUGGUUCAAGUUCGAUAUAUCAAAAGAGUUGACCUUGGAAUCUAUCAUGGAGGAUCUCAAAACUACUCUAUACAAACUGCCAAUGGGCUAAAGUAGAGGCUAUUCAACUAUCGUUUUGAAGAAAGAAAAGAAAGAACAUGAAGUCAAAAUGGUCAUGUUACGUCAACUUGAUCGGUCAAAUUAUUAUUUUUUAAAUACAAACUUGUAAUUUAGUCAAAUAAUAUACGAG